CGAUGUGCUGAUGAACUGUGGCUAGCCGAUGCAGUAGUUAGCCGGUAUCAUCAAAACAAAAGAAUUGUACUUCGUUGAUCAAAAUGAGCUCGAUCGGGACUGGAUAUGAUUUGUCUGCCUCUACAUUCUCACCAGAUGGCAGAGUAUUUCAGGUUGAAUAUGCCAUGAAAGCAGUAGAAAACAGCAGCACAGCCAUAGGAAUCCGAUGCAAGGAUGGGGUUGUGUUUGGCGUGGAGAAGCUGGUCCUGUCCAAACUGUACGAAGAGGGCUCAAACAAGCGGAUCUUUAACAUUGACAGACACGUUGGAAUGGCUGUAGCAGGGCUUCUCGCUGAUGCCAGGUCCCUGUCUGAGGUGGCCAGAGAAGAGGCCUCGAACUUCCGCUCUAACUAUGGUCACGACAUCCCUCUGAAGCAUCUGGCUGACAGAGUGGCAAUGUACGUCCAUGCCUACACAUUAUACAGUGCCGUGAGGCCGUUUGGUUGCAGUUUCAUUCUGGGCUCUUAUGAUGAAGACGACGGCCCUCAGCUGUACAUGGUUGACCCGUCAGGAAUUUCAUAUGGCUACUGGGGAUGUGCCAUUGGAAAAGCCAAACAAGCUGCAAAGACAGAAAUCGAAAAACUGCAGAUGAAAGACAUGACCUGCCGAGAGCUGGUGAAAGAGGUGGCAAAAAUUAUUUACAUCGUCCACGACGAGGUGAAAGACAAAGCUUUCGAGUUGGAGCUCAGCUGGGUUGGAGAAGUGACAAAGGGAAAGCAUGAACUGGUUCCCAAAGACAUCAAAGAAGAGGCAGAGAAAUAUGCUAAAGAUUCUCUGGAGGAAGAGGAUGAUUCGGACGAGGAUAACAUGUGAGGCGCGUGGUCGAACCGUGUGCAGCGUUCCCCCCCCUCCACCCUACUGUAACUACUGCUUCUCAAGCAUCUUCACAACUCUGACACCCAAAACAGCAAGAAUUCUUUUAUAUGUUUUGUAGUUCAUGGACCAUUUAAGUCAUGUUUUCUUUUUUCUUUUCUUUUUUUUUGGCAGAAUUGAA